AUGCCCCACGGUUGUCCGGAGGAAGAAUGCCAGCCAGAUAAGCCCGACAACAUUCUUGUCAUUCCUUCCUCCGGUGAAUCCCAGGCGACGGAGGAUUUCAGGAAGUUGGCUGAAGAUGUCCUGGAUGUGGGCAACCGACUCCAGAUGUUCCUGCAGCGCCAAAUAAUUUCGCCUUUAUAUGAGGAGGUCAACAGCGAAUUGUGCAGAAAGCGAGCCAACACGGCCGAAGAUUCCCAAGUUCCCGACUCGCGAACCCCGAGCUCACAAGUUGAGGACAACGAACCGGAAAUGCAAAUUCAGGACAUUGGGGGGCAGCUUUUGUUCAUCAACAAGGGUCAGGUAGUCACGAACAUGCAGAAACUGUAA